GGCUACAAAGUGAGCCCAAGACCAGCCUGAAACACAUAGCGAGACCCUGUCUCACAAAGACAAAAAACAAACAAACAAACAAACAAAAAACAGACCAAAAAACAAAACCCACACAAAAACUAAAACAAAACAAAAUAAAAAUAUACACACACAACCCCCACCAAAACAACAAAAACCAAAAAAACCCCAAAAAGAGUAUUUAAUCUAUCUAUUUCAGUUUUGAUUAGAAUUAUCUGUGAUAUUAAUGAUCAGAAAAAUAGUUUUAUUUGGAGAGGUCCCAGGACGCUGAGGCAAACGCUUUCCCUGUGAGCAACCAGCUGGGAGUGCAAGGCCAAGGACACUCGGAGGAAUUCAGUUAAGAAGAUGGCAUCUUUUACUCCUAAGAAGAGGAAGCAGGAUUCUCUGGACAGUGACAGCCUAUUAGACAUUUGAUCAAAGAAAUUAAUUUUGGACAUUGCUGAAGAUUUGUUGCCAUCAUCUAAUAAAAUGCAUACUUGUAAAAGCAGUGAGAUAAAUGAAGAAAAUGUGUCUUGCACUCAACAAAGCCAUUUCACUUCAAGUCCACUCAGAACAGCUAAUAAAAAUAGAUUGCCACUUGCAGAUCACAGCUCACCAUUUAAAUCUGCUGUGUCCACUGUGUCUUUUUACAAUAAGCCUAAGUGGUACCUCAAUCCGCUGGAGAGAAAGUUGGUAAGACAGAGUAGACCCAUUUCUCUACAAACUAGUAACGAAGGUAAAUCUGUUCCCAUCGUCGCAGCACAAAUGCAAGGAAAACCAGUCUGCACCAAGAAAAGGAACAAAAAGCCACAGAAAAGUUUAACUACUAAGUAUCAACCAAGUCAUAAACGCAUCAAGUCUGUACUGAAAAACUCUAAAAAUUCCAAAAAAAAUGAAAUGACCUACAAGCCAGCUAUGGAGAAAGAGAAUGCUUGUUACUCAACUGAAAGUAAUCUGAAUACUCCUCGAGUUUUAAGUCAAAAAAUAAAACCACAAACUACACUCCAAAGUGGAGCAGCAUUUUUUAUUAGUCGAAAAAACCUCAGAAGAUUGUCUCUGGAAAAUAAGCCAUGAGUAGGUCUCAACCAAAAGGAUAAAUCAAAAGUGAUUGAAGAUUGUGACACAAAGGCUGUAGGUAAAAGACGAACUUUGGUGAAAGAGCAAGUGCCCAAGUGCUUGUUACUAGAAAAGAAAUUGAAUAUUAAGCUGAGUGCAAAAAGUAAAAAUGAAGAGAAAUUAAUAAAGGACUCAUCAAUUGCAGUAGUUUCUUCAAAGGAAUGUUCACUUAAUAAAACUAAGGAUUUACCUUCAGAUGAUUCUGUUGGUGAGAACAAAAUUUCUCCUGAGCCCCUUGUCUAUCCUAUUCUCAGUGCAUCUUCAGGCAAUACAAAAAGAUCUCCAGCUGAAGAAGAGUCUUCUGUGGGACUUACCACAUGUAUGAACUUCUCGAAACAGACCAGUACACAGAAAACUGUGAAUGCCAGAGAUGCAAACAAAGAAACGAAAGACCAGCUCCUCAUUGAUGCAGGUCAGCAAUAUUUUGGGGCUACUAUGUGUAAGUCUUGUGGCAUGAUCUACAGUGCUUCUAAUCCGGAAGAUGAAAUACAACAUAUCCAGUAUCAUCACCGAUUUCUGGAGGGAAUCAAAUAUACAAGUUGGAAAAGAGAACGCGUAGUGGCGGAGUUUUGGGAUGGAAAGAUUCUGUUAGUGCUGCCACGUGAUCCCAGUUACGCUACCAGAAAGGUAACAGAUGUCCAAGAACUUGUUGAUUAUGAAUUGGGCUUCCAGCAAGUUGUUCCCAGAUGUCCAGAAAAAGCCAAAACUUUGCUCUUUGUUUCUGGUGAUAGGAGAGGGGUUGGGUGUUUAACUGCAGAGCCUAUCAAGCAGGCCUUCCGUGUCCUGUCUGAGCCGACUGGCCCAGAAGCCUCAGGCUCUAAGGAACGUUCUAGAGGCUGCCAAUGUUCAAAUGUGCCAGAACCUGCUGUCUGUGGGAUAAGCAGAAUCUGGGUUUUCAAACUGAAGAGAAGAAAGCGCAUCGCAAGACGACUUGUGGAUACUCUCAGGAAUUGUUUCAUGUUUGGCUGUUUCCUCAGCACAAAUGAAACAGCAUUUUCUGACCCGACACCAGAUGGCAAGUAAUUAAAAACCAAGUACCGCAACACCCCUAAUUUCCUUGUGUAUAAUUUUAAUAGUUAAAACCAGUUUCAACUCUGAAACAGUUACCCUGUGGAUAAGUUCAGAUAUACUGAACAGAUACUUAUGCAGAAUAAACAAAUUAAUAUCAAAGAUAAAUACUGAGACACACCCCUCCCCAUAGUUAUGCUCUUUAUGAUCUGUAAAGUCAAGGAAAUAUUGAAAGGGAAAAAUCUUCUGACAGUACACUGACCAGCACUCUUUGAGUCUGUAAUUAUGGAACAUGAUACCUGUAGCUGGAAAAUUUCCAAGGACAAAGCAACCUGGUUUCUGCAGAAGUGUUACCACUUACCUUUUAUAAAGCAGCAUAGACCAGGAUUCUCUUGUGUCAUGAGACGCAGAGAAACAAACCUAAACCCAGGCAAAUAAUGUCUGCCCAGUUUUAAAAGAUAAUUUCUGAAUUCUCUAUACAGGGUUCUCACUUUACAUGAGAUAUCAAUAGUAGUUCUCAGUUCAGGGUCUUUAGACUUGAAUUUCUAAUUAGUACUAAAAAAAGAUGGUAAGGAAGGAGUAACAUGCCAUAUCCAUUUAUGCAAAACAGAUGUGUAGUUUACUGUUUUAAUCAUUUUGAAAAGCCAGUCAAAUAUAUAUCAACUAUCAGAUUUAAUUGAAAUUAUACUUAGUACGCUGUUGUCACAUCAUUAAUUUGUACUGCAUGGAAAUAUGUACUGCAUGGAAAUAUUGCUGCUUAAAUUUAGGUAACUUGUUACUGGUAGUUGUGGUAAUUAACAAAAUGAAUGCCUCUUGGACUGAAUGAUUCAUUUGUUUUCAUGGUUCUUUUUAAUUUUUUGCUUGUUUAAAAUGCACAUUUGCGUUGAACUUUUCUGGCAAGUCUUUGCAAAAUCUGUGAUGACCGACCGAGGUUAUUAAGUGUACCCGAGCUGAAUGGACCAGAGAAGACUGUGGCAGCCUGCAAACAUUGUACACCUAAGUGUACACAUACUGUUGUGGAUAAUGUUUGGAUACUUUGAAAAGCAAAAGGUAAUUCAGUAUGUUUUGAGGGGUUUUUUAAAAGUCAUUUAAAACUAUAAUCUGCCAGUAAUACUGCAAGGAAGUAGUUUUCUAUGCCUGCUUUGUUCAGAUAUAUAUAGUCUUUUUUACCUAUAACUUGAUGUAGUUCUAAAACUUAAAAGCUGGUGUUCUAAAGGAAUGUGGGAAUGUUAAAAUGACUGUAGUUAUGCGAACAUUUUAAUGCUGUUUUCUGUACUGCUGUUUUUAAAUUUAUUUAAAAAUUUUAUGAACAAUAUUUUGGUUAAUGCUUUUAUGAUGAAUCAUUAA